AAUAAAAAGCCCAAAAUGAACGUCCAUUUUCUUACGAGCCCUCUCCUCUGUGAAUCAUCGUGUUCAUGCCCCAAAGCCCACAACACUCUACCAGAGGUUGCAUAGUCCCUCUUUCUUUCUCUCACCCCGCAACAUCAUCAACGACAACCCGUAACACCAAAACGACCUUCCUCUUUCUACAAAUUCUAGAGAGAGAAACUCAACGCAACCCCAAUUGCUCGACCACGCAAACACACACUUCCUUGCCGAGGGAACAAAACAAAACAAAACCUUCUUCCAUGGCUCUCACAUUCGUUGCCUUACGCGUUAGGUUUUAGGGCAAAUUCGCCAUCGUUGCCCCUCUGAGCGAAGGGACCCUAAUUUCCAAAACCCUAGGAGAGAGGAAUUUCAACUCAGGACGCGCCUGAAUUGUGCCCUAGGUUCCCAUUUCCGCGUUCAGAUUCUUUGAUAAAUGGAAAGUGACAUUCUUAGACAUUAAGAGUGGGAUGCAUGGAUGUAACUCAGGAUCUGUCUUCCUUGUAAAUGCUGAGGUUGAUUCCAUGGGAGGUGUUGUUGAUGGCGGAGUUGGUAUAGGUUUGAAAACCUCUCCGUGUCGAGUAGCUAUUGAGAAGGCUCAGGCAGAGCUCAGACUGGAAUAUGAUGUUCGUGAAGAAAGAAGAAGGGAACUAGAAUUUCUUGAAAAAGGAGGCAAUCCUUUGGACUUUAAAUUAGGGAAUGCUGCUUCAGUUAGUGUUCAGUCUACUUCACUCACUGAUCAGCACCAAGAGCAGUUUGUGACCAGUGAAGCAAAAGGUAGUUUUGUAUUGACUGCCUCCCCUCAUGGUGACUCUGUCGACAGUAGUGCUAGACCAGGGGUCCCUUCUCUUAGUGAACCAAAUACUGCUGAUAACCUCUUACUUUUUGACGGUGAGAACGAGUUGCCUGAAGGAGAAAAGAGGUCUCUACAUUCAACUAAAAGAACUAAUAUUGCUCCUUCAGAACAGUCUUCUCGAAUUGGGGGGAGUCAGAAUGCAAAGGAGACUGAAGAUUCUGCUAUUUUCCGGCCAUAUGCUCGAAGGAACAGGUCCAAACCAAAUCAUGGUCCUCGUGGGGCUUCAAGAGAUGCUAAGGGAUUGUUAUCUGAUACAAACAAACAGAAGGACAACAAUGUGCUUUCUGUUUCUAAGCCAAAGCCUACAAGUUUAAAUGGGGAGGUGCUUUCUAAAGAUCCAACAUCUAAUAAAUCAGUGGAUAAUGAAUUGGAUGGUGUCCAAGCAUGUCAAACAGGUAGUGGCAGUGCUAGUGUUCCUGAGGACAAAUUGGACAGUGCCGUGAAUAAAAAAUUUAAAGAAGAUCAACGAAUUAUGCCUUCUCAAGAUGAUAUUAUACAAAAUCCAGUUGUCUUGGCUUCUGGGGAAGCUAAAGCGGUUGGAGAAAGGGACCUGGGAGCAUCAGUUGAUCUUGAGCAUGAGCCUUGUGCAUCUACUAAACAACCUGGAAAUGAAUCUUGUUCUGGUCAACCAAAUGGGUUUGGCAACAUAAAAGUAGACAGGAAAGGUGUAGCAAAUGGAGAUACAAAUUGCAGUGCUGCGUUAGGCAUGAAGAAUUUUGAUUCGGAGUCUUCCUGUGCACAAACUAGUUUAGCUAGAGAUGUAAAUAAUAAUAACAUGUGUAGUAAUUCUAAAAAUAUUGAUGCAAAUGGAAAUACUAUGGAACAAACAUCAGAAUUUGAGAAGAAGCUGAAUUUAACGGGCUAUGAAGUUGUUAAAGAAGGAAUUAAUACCAAUACUGGUGAAAGUGGUGCUACUUCCAACAAUGAACAUGCUACUGCUUAUGUAAACCAUUCUAGUAGUGGUAACAUGGUCAAAAGUGAGGAAAACAUCCUUACUAAUGGUUCUUGCAUGCAAAAUAAGGUGAAAGAUUCCUCCAAUAUUAAAGGACUGCCUCACAAUGAAAGCAGCAUAUCAAAUGCUGAUAAAGAGGAAAGGGGUGUCCUGUUGGAUCAUCCUAAUUGUAUCAGGGAAGACAACUGUGAAAGACUUAAAGUUCCUACUGAUGUUUCAAUUUCAACUCCGCAAAUUGCUCUUGUUGAAAAGGUUAAUACUACUGCAUCUGAAUGUCAACCAUGUUCCACACACAACUUGAAGUUACCAGACAAGGCUCAUGAGGAUUCUAUAUUGGAAGAGGCUAAAAUUAUAGAGGUCAAGCGCAAGAGGAUUGCAGAGUUAUCUGUUCGCACAUUGCCAUCACAGAUCCAUAGAAAAUCUCACUGGGGUUUUGUCCUUGAGGAAAUGACGUGGUUGGCGAAUGAUUUUGCGCAGGAGCGUCUUUGGAAGAUAACUGCCGCUGCACAAUUGUCUCAACAGGCAUCUUUUGCUUCUCGGUUAAGAUUUGAAAAACAAAGUAAACAUCUUGGGGUGAAAAUUUUGUCUCACAACAUGGCAAAGGCUGUCAUGCAGUUCUGGAAUUCAAUUGAGCACCAUUUACUCAAUGAUGACCGUAACUGUGUUGAUGGUUCAGUUAGUUCUUUGAACAUUGAUUCCAAUGAAGCUUCUAGGGACAAGAGGAGCAAUUGCGAGAUGGAUGAACAAACGACCACUAAACAGGCAGUACAUAAGGUGCAUAGUUAUGCUGUGAGAUUUUUAAAGGACAGUAGGUCUCGUGGAAUUUCCAGUCAAGCAGAAGCACCGACAACACCUGACAAAGUAUUGGACUUGGGCAUUGUUGAUAUGUCAUGGGAUGAUCAUCUUACUGAAGAAAGCUUAUUCUAUACAGUUCCUCCUACUGCAAUGGAAAUGUACAGGAAGUCUAUUGAAUCUCACUUUCUACAAUAUGAGAAAACUGGUAGUAGCAUUCAAGAGGAAGUUGAUACAUCUAUGUAUGAUACUGCAGCAGAGUUUGGGCAUGAAGAGGGUGCAUAUGAUGAGGACGAAGGAGAAACUAGCACUUAUUAUUUGCCUGGUGUAUAUGAGGGUAGUAGAUCAUCAAAAUCAUUGCACAAGAAACACAAAAAUAGAAUGAAGUUUUACACUCCUAAGCCCAGUGAAAUUGGGACUGAUUUGCCUUAUGGGCAUUAUUCAACUGGAGCUCAACCAUCCAUGCUUCUUGGAAAAAGGUCAUCAAGUUUAAAUGUUGGAACAAUACCAACAAAACGCAUGCGUACAGCUUCUAGGCAGAGAGUUGUGAGUCCUUUUGCUGUGGUCUCUGGGACAAUACAGGCUCAAGCUAAGACGGAUGCUUCAAGUGGAGAUACCAAUUCCUUUCCAGAUGACCAGAGUACUUUACAUGUUGGACCACAGAUUCAGAAAAGUGUGGAGGUGGAGUCGGUUCGAGAAUUUGAAAAGCAAUUACCUUAUGAUUGUGGAGAAACGUCAGUUAAAACCAAGAAGAAGAAGCCCAAGAAUCUGGGUUCUGCAUAUGAUCAGGGAUGGCAAUUGGAUUCUGUUGUCCUAAGUGAACAGAGGGAUCAUUCUAAAAAGAGAUUGGAUAGUCAUAACAUUGAAUCUAAUGGAGUUAGUGGUUUGUAUGGGCAGCAUAGUGUGAAGAAGAUGAAGACAUCAAAGCAAUCCCUUGAUAAUUUUGACAAUGUUGCCCCAAUAACUAAUUCUAUUCCCUCCCCUGCUGCUUCACAAAUGAGUAACAUGUCUAAUCCAAGUAAAUUUAUUAGAAUCAUUAGUGGUGGACGAGAUAGGGGCAGGAAAGCCAAAGCACUCAAGGUUUCAGCGGGACAGUCUGGUUCUGGAACUCCAUGGUCACUAUUUGAAGACCAGGCUCUUGUUGUCUUGGUGCAUGAUAUGGGUCAAAACUGGGAGCUUGUUAGUGAUGCUAUCAACAGUACUAUACAAUUCAAGGUUUCUUUUUCAUGGGUCUGUAAUUCAAUUUUGCAAUAUUUCCAGUGUAUCUUUCGGAAGCCAAAAGAGUGCAAGGAGCGUCACAAAAUUUUGAUGGAUAGAAGUGCUGGGGACGGUGCAGAUAGUGCUGAAGACUCAGGAUCUUCUCAGUCUUAUCCAUCUACACUGCCUGGGAUUCCACAGCAGGGCAGUGCCAGGCAGUUGUUUCAGCGUUUGCAAGGACCAAUGGAGGAGGAUACUCUGAAGUCUCAUUUUGAUAAAAUUAUCAAGAUUGGGCAGAAGCAACGUUUCAAUAGGAAUCAGAAUGAUAACCAACCAUUAGUACCUGUCCAUAAUUCGCAUGUGUUUGCUCUUUCCCAAAUCUGUCCGAACAACUUGAAUGGGAGUAUUUUGACGCCACUUGAUCUUUGUGAUUCAAAUCAAACAAGCCCAGAUGGUCUGUCCCUUGGUUAUCAAGGAUCUCAUACUGGUGGUUUACCAAUGUCAAAUCAUAGUUCUGUUCCUCCUGUGCAUCCUUCAGCUGGGUUGAAUUCAUCUAUUCCAUCAUCUUCUGGUGUGAAUCUUGGCAGUAACUUAUCAUCUUCUGGUCCAUUGGGGGCCUCUGCCAGGGAUAGUAGAUUCGGAGUUUCACGAACUCCACCUUUAUCAGUUGAUGAACAGCAGAGAAUGCAACAAUAUAAUCAGAUGUUGUCUAGUAGAAGCAUGCAGCAAUCUACCAUUUCCGUGCCUGGGUCUCUUUCAGGAAGUGAUCGAGGUGGUGGGAGAAUAUUGCCUGGCAGUAAUGGUAUGGGCAUGAUGAGUGGGAUCAACAGAAGCAUGACAAUGACUAGGCCAGGGUUUCCAGGAAUUCCAUCAUCAUCUAUGCUUAGUUCUGGGGGCAUGCUUUCUUCUAGUAUGGUGGGGAUGCCAAGCCCUGUAAAUAUUCACUCUGGAGUUGGUGCUGGACAAAGCAACUCAAUGCUGAGACCACGGGAGACUGUACACAUGAUGAGGCCUGGCCAUAAUCAAGAACACCAAAGACAAACCAUGGUUCCAGAACUUCCUACGAUGCAGGUUACACAAGGAAACAGUCAAGGCAUUCCUGCUUUUAGUGGGAUGAGUUCUGCCUUUAAUAAUCAGACAACUCUACCAUCAGUUCAGUCUUAUGCAGGGCAUGCCCAGCAGUCACAUCAAUUAUCUCAGCAACAGUCCCAUCUCAGCAAUCCCCGUCCCCUUCAAGGUUCAAAUCAUGCUACUAAUCCACAACAGGCCUACGCCAUCCGAUUGGCAAAGGAAAGACACUUGCAGCAACAUCAGCGAUAUCUGCAGCACCAACAGCAGCAGCUUGCUGCGUCGAGUGCCUUGAUUCAACAUGGUCAGACGCAGUCCCAACUUCCUAUACCAUCCCCUGUGCAAAAUAAUUCCCAGGCACAACCUCAAAAUUCAUCGCAGCAAGUAUCUCUUUCGCCUGUAACACCAACAUCCCCUUUGACUCCCAUUUCUUCUCAGCAACAACAGCAGAAACAUCACCUACCACAUGGUUUCAGCAGGAAUCCUGGUGCUAGUGCAUUGACUAACCAAGCAGCAAAACAACGGCAGCGGCAACCACAGCAGCGGCAGUAUCCACAGCCAGGUCGGCAGCAUCCUAAUCAGCCACAGCAUGCACAGGCUCAACAGCAGGCAAAACUUCUGAAAGGACUAGGAAGGGGAAACAUGGUGGUCCAUCAGAACAACUCUGUUGAUUCUUCUCAUCUAAAUGGGUUAUCUGUACCUCCAGGAAGCCAAACUGUUGAGAAAGGGGACCAAAUCAUGUCCAUGAUGCAAGGUCAAAACUUAUAUCCUGGAUCUGGUAAUCCAAAUCAACCACCCAAGCCGGUAGUUCCUUCUCAUUCUUCAAAUCAUUCCCAGUUGCAGCAAAAGCUACAUUCUGGACCAACAAACACUUCUUUGAAACAACUUCAGCCAGUGGUAUCUCCAUCUGAUAAUAGCAUUCCAGGAAAUGUUUUAUCAGUUACUGCUGGCCAUAUGGCAUCAUCUCCACAGACAGCUGUUGCUUCUAACCAUCAUCAACUGCCACUGCAAUCCCAGCCACAGUGUAAGCAAAGUAACCAAACUCAAUCAAAUGUUCAAAGAAUCUUACAACAAAACUGUCAGGUGCAUUCUGAGUUGUCAAACUUGUCUCAAUCUGAUUCACCUAAAGUUGAUCAACAUCCUGCAAACAGUGCUUCCCAAGUUGGGACAAACACUGCAAUGUCUCCAGGUUGUAUGGAUGCAGCUAAUGUAACUGUUCCUGCUGCAUCUUCUCAGUGGAAAACGUCAGAAUCACCAUUUGAUUCCAGUGUGGCCAAUCCAGUUACUCAAGUGAGCUCUCUAGGCAGUACAACACAUGUUGGAAAUGAGAAACCGACUAUUAAUCAAGGGAUGGGACCACAGCAAUUACCAACUAGCGUACCUUCUCAUACACAUAAUUCUGGAGGGCAGUGGCAGCAGCAGUCAAUGACUCUCCAACAACAAACUUUACCACAGCCUAUCCCAACUCAACAGUCAUAUCAGUCUCCAGAACAUCAGCAGCAACAGGAGCAGGAGCAGGAGCAGCAUUCUCCAAAAGAUGUAGCUUUGCAACAUCAACCUCAGCAACAAGUGAAACAUAUGCAACAGGGACAGAGCAGUUUGCUUAUCCGGCCACCCAAUUCUAAGGUGGAAUGAUGAUGUUUAACUGAUGGAGCAGCUGAGUGUGCUUGGUUCUGUCUGGAUUGGAGUCUUAUACCCUUUUACUACCGUUGUACAGGUACAGAUGAUGCUGGUCAUACAUGAGGGCUUUGGAAUAUGGAGAUAGAUAUCCAUUGUUUUCAGUAGGUCCUGUUACAAAUUAGGAAAAAUUGUAUUGGUAGGCAUCAUUGCUUACUUAUUCAUUUCACAGGUCUUGUAUAUUACCGCUGUUUUUAGAGGGUAUUUUUACUAUUUUCUUAGGAAAGAGACGAAUAUAGAGGUAUGUGUACAGCGUCGUCUCUUCCUUGUAACCCCCUCCCUACUUUUCGUUUUUUUUGUCUUGUUUUCUCCGCCCUUGUGCAGAGGAACUCGUUAUUUUUGUUCUAGAUUAGUGAAUGUAUUAUUAGCCUGUUAGAUAAUUGGGAUAGGAAUCAUUUUUAUGAGUAAAGGCCAAUUCAAAGUUUUGUGAAUA